CUUCCAACAAGUAACAUAUGAGCCUAACACAAGUAGAACCAAAUUAAGAGAGAAAAAAAUAAUGAAGUCCCCUAUGCUUCUUCUUCUUGCUAUUUUCUUUGUUGUGCAAAGCUUCUCUUUAAUGGCUUUUGCAGCUCUUCUGGUUUGCCUUUUCUUGUACCUCUUUAACAUUAUAUGGUUAAAACCUCAAAGGCUCCGAUGGAAGCUCCGAAAGCAAGGAAUCAAAGGGCCUCAACCUUCUCUUCUCUAUGGGAAUGUCCCUCAGAUGCAGAAAAUUCAGACAUCAAUGGCAGUGAAGGCUUCAAACCACGGCGAAUUCAUCGCCCACGACUACACUUCCACCCUCUUCCCCUUUUUCGAACAAUGGAGAAAAGAAUACGACAGAGAGGGAAGAGAAGAGGAACGAGAGAGAGAGACAGAGAGAGAGAAAAGAGAGGAGAGAAGAGAAGAGGCGAUCGACGGUGAUGGUCGGUGAUGGUGGCGGCGAUCGAUGGUGAUGGUGGCGGCGAUCGCAGAUAUGGAUCUGAAAAAAAAAAAAAAAUUUAUUGAUGAUGAUAAUGUUGAUCCGAAUCUGCAGAGGAAUUUUUUUUGUUGUUGUUGAUGAAGAUGAUGAUGAUGUUGAAGAUGUUGAAGAUGAAGAUGAUGUUGAAGAUGAUGAAGAUGAUGAUGAUGUUGAAGAUGUUGAAGAUGAUGAAGGUCCAAUAUACACAUAUUCUACAGGAAACAAACAACAUUUGUACGUAAACCGUGCAGACCUAGUUAAGGAAAUGAACCAAUCUAUUACCUUGGAUCUUGGUAAGCCUUCAUAUGUGACCAAGAGACUCGCACCUAUGCUUGGCAAUGGCAUUUUGAGGUCCAAUGGCUUGAUUUGGGCUCAACAUAGGAAGAUUGUUGCACCUGAAUUUUUCAUGGACAAGGUUAAGGGCAUGGUGGGACUAAUGCUAGAGUCUGCACAACCAUUACUAACAAAAUGGGAGGAUUGCAUUGAUGCCCAAGGUGGAUUGAUGGCUGAGAUAAAAGUGGAUGAGGACUUGAGGAGUCUCUCAGGAGAUGUGAUCGCAAGGGCUUGUUUUGGAAGCUCUUAUUUCAAAGGCAAAGAGAUUUUCUCCAAGCUUAGGACUCUCCAAAAAGCCAUUUCCAUUCAAGGCUUGCUUUUUGGCAUCCCCACCUUCGGUAGCAGAUUUUCACCCACGGGGCAACCAAAGCAGAUAAGGUGUUUGGAGAGAGAAAUAGAGUCCUUAAUUUGGGAGGCAAUAAAAGAAAGAGAACAAGAUUCAUCACCGACACCAACUGUGAAGGACCUAAUGCAGCUGAUAUUAGAAGGUGCCAUCAAUGACCAUUUUGUGGGCAGCGAUUCAUCGUCAAAGUCCUUCAUUGUCGACAACUGCAAGAACAUAUAUUUCGCAGGGCACGAGUCCACUGCUGUGGCCUUGUCGUGGUGCUUGAUGCUGCUAGCGCUGCACCCCGACUGGCAAGCCCAUGUUCGGGAGGAGACCGCUCAGGUUUGCCAAGGCGGGGUGCUGGAUGCAGAGUCACUCUCCAAAAUUAAGAUGGUGACUAUGGUCAUUCAAGAAGCGCUGCGUUUGUACCCACCAGCAGCGUUUGUAUCAAGAGAAGCACUUGAAAAGACACAAAUCGGACAUAUUACUGUCCCCAAAGGAGUAUGCACAUGGACUCUGAUCCCAACGCUUCACCGUGAUCCUGACAUCUGGGGACAAGACGCCAAUGAAUUCAAACCAGAAAGAUUCGCCAAUGGCGUGUCGAGCGCUUGCAAAAUCCCCCACGCUUAUGUGCCAUUCGGUUUAGGCCCUCGCCUCUGCUUGGGCCGCAAUUUCGCCCUGGUUCAGCUUAAGGUGGUCUUGACUCUCAUCAUCUCAAAGUUCACAUUCUCUUUAUCUCCCAAAUAUAUUCACUCUCCUACUUAUAGAAUGAUUGUGGAGCCUGGGCAUGGGGUACAUAUUCUCGUUCAGAGAUCUAAAUUGGGUUGAUUUUGAUUUUGAAUUUUUUUUUUUUUUAACAAAGAUUGGGAAGUUUUUAAAUAGGUUGGAAUGUGUACCUUGAACCUUGUUAUUAUUUUUAUUAGUGUUAUCUUUUUAUUGUUAAUCAAUGAGUUUAAGUUGAAUAUAAUUUCAA